UUGUAACAUAUGUCAUCAGCAAAACCAUAGCAAGACGGGAAAAUCAACAGAAUUUUGAAAAGUAAUAAAUGAUGAACAUAGCAGCUUAAGAGUUAGUAGAGUAAGCCGGAACCUACUCCACAAAUAUUGACCAUGACAAGAUAAUCCAACCUCAAUUUGUACUUUUCUAAGUGUUUCUUCUGUCUAUUUUUUCGUUGCAGUCUUCUAGAGGAUGUUACUACAACCAUUCAAUCAUAAAAGGAUGUCCAGUGUGGCCACAACUUCUUAUAUAUUAUCACCAAAAUCAUCAAAUUUGGAAAGCAGUGUCAAAUUUAAGAAAAGGGCUGAAGGAUAUCACAAUGAAGUUACUCAGCUGGAUGCACCGGAAGUUCCAAAAAGAUGCCACAGGUUCAUUGCAGACUUUGGUUGUUGGGAGCACUUGCACUUGCUUGUUGCUAAAGCCAUCAGCCAACAAUCACGGAGAAUACAAAACACCAAGUAAUGACUCCAUACAGAGGUGGCAAUCAAGACAACAAUGCCAACACCACCUUAAGGAGUUCAAUGAUGAGAACACUGAAGAGUUCAGUGAAAACCAAUCCCCAGAUAUAUUCCCAGGCUUCCUAACAAUUGGAACUCUUAGUGUGGAGUCAAUAUCAGAGGCCCCAACGCCAACAUUUGAUUUGCCUCAUCAGUUAGCAAAUGAAAGUGGAAUGGCAGAAAUGAGAUAUGACUUGAAGCUUAUCAAUGAAGAGUUGGAGAAAUUUCUCAAGGUUGAAGCUGAAAAGGAAGGAAACACUGAUUUAUCAAGGAAAAACAGUGAAGCAAGCACUAUAACCCUCAGUGAAGAGGUAAAGGAAGAUGAGAAUGAUUACAACUCUGUCAAAAUGUAUCCCCUGCAAGGAUAUCUUUUUGGGUCAUCCAACGAACUUCUGGAAACUAAACCAAAGGAAAAGAAAGAAAAGGUAUCCCUCUUUGAGCUAUUUAAGAAGAACACAAUAAUGGCCAGGAACUCCAUCAAAGAGGCUGACAAAACCCAGAAACAAGCAGCAAAAGAAAUCAAGUCGUCUGACCAUCUGAUUAACAAGAUGCUACACCCAGCUCAAAUUUCUCAUAAAAUCUCCAAUUGUUUUAGUGGCCAUGCAGCUGAAUCAUUUCCGACUACAAGAAAACUCAACAAGAUCAACCAGCUUUUCCACAAAAAAGUUCACCCUGAAAACAGCAAGGCUGCAUAUGCUGUGAAAGACCCCAAGGUCAGCAAGUACAAGUACAAGCACAAGACUCCCAACUCCAGUAAUACAAGGGUAGAUUCAGAACUUGGCAGUGAAAGGAGUAAAAUUAGGUGCUGGGGCGCCCUCAAGAGAGGAAAAAAACAUUGCUCCAAGACCGAUAUGAAACUACCUUGUGAUGCAAUCACCGGGAAUUAUUUGGAUCUUCCACAAAGAUACACUAAUGGUGAAUCUGGUGACGCAGACAAGGAGCAUUGGAUUAACACUGAUGAAGAAUAUUUUGUGUUGGAACUGCAGCAGAACGAGGAAGUUCAGGAUUAGAAGUUGUUUAAAUAAUUAUAUUAUAUCUAGUAUGCAUAGAGUGUUGAGUAAUGCUAUGCAUGGUUAGAAGUACAUGAGCUCAUGCAGCAUAUGGUUAUUUGCAAGAAGCUGCUCUUCUAUAUAUAUAAAGUUUGUGCUAGUGAUCAUUGUAAUAAAUCUUUUUAUUCUUUUUUAUGCCAUUUCCAACGAACAUUAAGUACUGUACUCUGUAACAAUCAGGUGUGCUGCUAUUAUAUUCCUUUAUAACCAAGUUUGUUUAGAACUUUACCAA